AUGCGAGUUGAAGUUCUCACAGCACUUGCAGGCGCUUCGCUAGCCGUCGGCCAAACGACAGACUGGGCCUCUGCGUACACCAAGGCCAACGCGGCACUCGCAAAAUUGUCCUCAGCCCAGAAGGUCCAGAUUGUCACUGGCGUCGGUUGGAAUAAGGGCCCGUGUGUGGGCAACACCCCCGCCAUCAGCACCAUCGGGUACCCCCAGCUCUGCCUACAAGAUGGCCCCCUAGGGAUCCGCUACGGCAAAAGCGUCACGGCCUUCACACCUGGCAUUCAAGUCGCCUCAACCUGGGACCGGGCCCUCAUGAACGAGCGCGGCAAGUUCAUGGGCGAAGAAGCCAAAGGCACAGGCGUGCACGUGCUCCUCGGCCCCGUUUCGGGGCCCCUGGGUAAAAUUCCCACCGGCGGGCGCAAUUGGGAAGGCUUCGGCGUCGACCCGUACCUGGCUGGUAUCGCCAUGGCAGAGACCAUAUCGGGGAUGCAGGGAGCGGGUGUGCAGGCCUCGGCGAAACACUACAUCGGAAACGAGCAGGAGCGGGAGCGCGACACGAUAAGCAGCAACAUAGAUGACCGGACCAUGCACGAGUUGUACCUGUGGACGUUUGCGGAUGCGGUGCAGGCGGGAGCUGCGUCGGUCAUGUGUUCGUAUAACAAGUUGAAUUCUACAUGGGCGUGUGAGAAUGACAGGAUUCUGAACCAGCUGCUAAAGAAGGAGUUGGGAUUUCAGGGGUAUGUUAUGACGGAUUGGAAUGCACAGCAUUCGACGGCAGCGAGUGCAAAUGCUGGGUUGGAUAUGACGAUGCCGGGUUCGGAUUAUAAUGGAGGGACUGUGCUGUGGGGGUCGGCACUGUCGAGUGCGGUUAGUAGUGGGCAGGUGCAGCAGUCGCGGGUGGACGAUAUGGUGCGACGGAUCUUGGCUGCGUGGUAUUUGACGGGGCAGGACACAGGCUUUCCGUCCAUCAACCUCAAUGCAAAUGUGCAGGGGACACAUAAGACGAAUGUGCGGGCUGUUGGGAGAGACGGUAUUGUGCUCCUGAAGAAUGAUGGGGGAAUUCUUCCGUUCAAGAAGCCAGCCAAACUGGCACUGAUAGGUUCAGCGGCCGUUGUGAACCCUCAGGGGAUGAAUGCAUGCAGCGAUCAGGGGUGCAACACCGGUGCUCUUGGUAUGGGAUGGGGAUCGGGAACGGCAUCAUACCCCUACUUCGUCGCCCCCGCCGACGCCAUCAGAACCAGAGCCACAUCCGACGGCACCACCAUCAGCACCUCCACGACAGACAGCACCAGCGGUGUCGCCUCAGCCGCAAGCGGUGCCGACAUGGCCAUCGUCUUCAUCACGGCCGACAGCGGCGAGGGCUACAUCACCGUCGAGGGCAACGCUGGCGACCGCAACAAUCUGGACCCCUGGCACGGAGGCAACGCCCUGGUGCAAGCCGCCGCCCAGGCAAACGAAAACGUCAUCGUCGUCGUGCAUACGGUUGGUCCCAUCAUUCUAGAGACCAUCCUCGCUUUACCACAGGUCAAGGCCAUCGUUUGGGCUGGUCUCCCUUCCCAGGAGAGCGGGAACGCGCUCGUCGAUGUGCUGUAUGGGAGCACGGCUCCCAGUGGAAAGUUGCCGUAUACGAUUGCGAAGACGGCAGCGGAUUAUGGGACGGCAACUGUUGCGGGGUCGGAUAGUUUUAGUGAGGGGCUGUUUAUUGAUUACAAGCAUUUUGACCGGGCGAGUAUUGCGCCGCGGUAUGAGUUUGGGUUUGGAUUGUCUUACACGAACUUCACCUACGCCGGGAUCAAAGUCACUGGGGCCCCUACCUCCGGCCCCGCGACAGGCGACGUGGUUCCCGGCGGCCGAGCUGAUCUUUUCGAAACCAUCGCCAACGUGACUUGCACCAUUACCAACUCAGGCGCAGUGACUGGUUCCGAGGUCGCGCAGCUCUACGUUGGAUACCCAGCAUCGGCUUCUGCGCCGCCCAAGCAGCUUCGUGGCUUCGAGAAGCUGCCAUUGGCUGCUGGUGCCUCUGGUACUGCGACCUUCACCCUCAGACGGAAGGAUUUGAGUUACUGGGACUCGAGUCUGCAGAAUUGGGUUGUUCCCAGCGGUGAUUUCAACAUUACCGUUGGUGCUAGCAGUCGGGACAUCCGGCAGGUUGCCACUUUGGCAGUGGCAUAA